AUGGCGCCCAUCAGAGACGACAAAGCUGUGGAAAACCCAUGUGACGACUGGGAGUGUGCUCACGGUGAAUGUUCUCUAGAUGGCCGCACGCCCUACUGUAGGUGUAAUGAAGGAUAUACUGGGGACCAUUGUGACAAAGCUGUGGAAAACCCAUGUGACGACUGGGAGUGUGCUCACGGUGAAUGUUCUCUAGAUGGCCGCACGCCCUACUGUAGGUGUAAUGAAGGAUAUACUGGGGACCAUUGUGACAAAGUGGUGGAAAACCCAUGUGACAACUGGAAGUGUGUUCACGGCGAAUGUUCUCUAGAUGGCCGCAUGGUCUACUGUAUCUGUAACGAAGGAUAUACGGGAGACCACUGCACUGACUUUGUUGGCAUUACAAGGAUGCUCUAA